AUGCUGUCUUCUGUAUCUAGAAAGAUAACAACAGCUGAUAACAGGGAAUUAGACUGCAGGGUUGGUGCGGUGGCUGGGCAACUGGCUGCCGUGCAACGUGUGGCGGGUGGAAAUGCGCCUCUGUGCCCUUCAACAACUUCUUACCAAAUGAUGCUCCAGGGAUCAGACAGACACCACAGCCUAAGGGCGGGCUUCAGAGGAACCUCGGAUCAGACGGAUGCAUUGGACUUAAGUUCUAGAUUUAGUGGAGCUUCGCAAGGUUCAGCCCAGAAUACACACAGUGCGGGAAUCCCACCAUUUCUUACAAGUUCGCACCUUAGCAGAUCAUCGGUUUUGGAACAGCAGCAGUUACUCCGAACGCUGAUCACAGGCAUUAGACACGUAUCUGAACUCGCCAAUUUACUCGCAAAAAUCAACGAGACUUUUGAAGGUGUUUAUACACCACCGCCGAACCCAACGUCAGCAAGCUUCUCUUACCCUACAGGCCAAAGGGCCGCUGGAAUGGGAUUCCCACUAACAGCUAAUCCUGCAUCCAACAUAGAUUUGGCAACAUUAAUGUCGAGAUUGGAUGAGACUAACCGAGGUGGUGUUGUCGCUCCACCACCAACGAUACCAGCAGCCCCACCACCACCACUUCCAUACGCUACCAGUUAUGGAAAUUUAGACUUUAGAGACAGCCCGUACUUCAGAUCUAUCUAUGAAUAUUACCUGAGGCAGAACCUUCCAGGUUAUCUACAAUCGUUAGCUAAUUCUACGCCCCUACAACCGACACACGUCCAGCACAAAAAGUCCAAGAUCCUCGAAAAAGAAACCGUGGCCGCCCUUCCCAUGGGCGACCUCACGAAACUCAACCACAGAGUGACCACGAUGCCUAAAAUAGUGAAAAUCGAGAGACGAUCUCCGGCCACCGUAAGCGCGGAUCUGAGGACGGCGAGUAAGGGUGACUCGCCACCCGAUCAGAACCAGACCCGAGUGUAUGGCGCGUAG